AUGACUAACGUCAUUCCUGAAAAGGUCGAGAAAUUAUGGGAUGAAUGGAAUCUCCGGGGUUCCAUUCUUUUCAGUCUUUUCCUCCAGAUAUUGCUAAUUUUUUGUGCGCCAACGCGAAAGUGGAGAGGAAACACAUUUGUGACCCUCAUUAACUGGUCAGCCUACUUGCUGGCCGACUGGGUGGCAGCCUUUGCAGUGGGUCUCAUUGCCAACAGCCAAAAUAACAUGAAAAACAAAUGUGAGAUGCCAGUUCAAACCGAGGACCUUCUGGCUUUGUGGGCUCCUUUUCUACUGCUACACGUUGGUGGCCCUGAUGCCAUCACUGCUUUCUCCCUCGAAGAUAAUGAGCUCUGGAUCAGGCAUUUGUUCGGGCUCCUUAUCCAGCUUAUUGCCGUUGGUUAUGUCAUCCUACAGGCUCUCCCAAGUGAGCUCUGGAUCCCAACAAGCCUUAUGUUAUUGGCUGGGAUUAUCAAAUAUGCUGAGCGGACUCGUGCUUUGUAUUUGGGGUGCUUGGGUAAUUUCAAGGCCAGCAUUCUUCCACCUGCUGACGCUGGUCCAGAGGCCACGGACUAUGCUCGACUCAUGGAGGGAUACAGCUCAAAGAAAAUUGUCCAUGUUCCGGCUUAUAUUAAGGUACAGACAGAAUUUCGAGCUUCUGCAGAUUAUGCUGUUCGACCUAAGCGCCUUUCCGACCUUGAUGUGGUGGAAGGUGGGUUCAAAUAUUUCAAUAUUUUUAAGGGUCUGAUUGUCGACCUCAUGUUUACCUUCCAAGAGCGGAAGGAUAGUCGACGGUACGUCUUCGCAAGAAAUACAGAAGAUGCCUUCAAAGUGUUGGAAGUUGAACUCAACUUCAUGUACGAUGCCCUCUACACCAAGAUGGUUGUGGUGAAUGGGAAUAUCGGCUACUGUCUCCGCUUCGUUUGCUCUACUUGCCUAGUGGCUUCCUUGGAGCGAUUUGCAGCUCAUCAUAAGCAGAAAAAUGGUGGGCAUCCGCCCAACCAGGCCAAAAUGCACCCCUUCGACGUUUAUGUUACCUAUGCCUUGCUCAUUGGUGCCAUCUGCCUGGACUCUAUAGCUGUCAUCAAGCUCAUUUUUUCUGACUGGACUAUAGUUCUACUCAGAUGCCGUAGAACCAAAGAGUUUCUUCUUAAAACACGUAAAAGACUCACCAUCUACAGAAUAGGCAGCUGGUCCAAAACUUUUGGUGGGAGGUGGUCCAAUUCUAUGUCACAGCACAGUUUGGUUCGUUACUGCCUGAAGGAGCGGUUCAAAUGGAUCGACGUAACUGUGGAUUGGCUUGGACUUAGGGAUAUUCUGGAUGAGAUUCAAUACAAAGACCACAUAGACGUUCCAGAUGAUUUAAAAAUAUUUAUUUGCGAAGAGCUGAAGGAAAAGGCCAAGAAAGCAAAGAAUUCAAAAACUGCCAGGGAGAUAUGUUCAGGGCGAGGUGAUUGGGUUCUCUCACAGAGCGCUUGUCAGUCCCUGAUAUGGAGUGUUGAUGGUGAAUAUGAUAAGAGUCUUUUACUGUGGCAUAUAGCUACUGAUCUCUGCUUUUAUGAAAUGCUGUCAUCAACACAUACAGACCCUGAAGUUGGACAUCAGCUAUCAAAAGAAGGAAGCUUUGAUAAUAGACGCAAGUUCAGUAAAUUCUUGUCAGACUACAUAUUAUAUCUUUUGGUCAUGAGGCCUACAAUGAUGUCUGCAGUGGCAGGUAUUGGGCAAAUUAGGUUUCGAGACACUUGUGAGGAAGCAAAGAAGUUUUUUCGCAGAAAGGAUAUCAUUCCUGGAGGAAAAUUUAAAGAAAGCUCUUUGUUAUCGUGGUUUAAGAAGUUUUUCCCCAGUUCCACAGGACAAUCUGAACCAAAGUGUUCUAUGCCAUGGUCAUGGCUGGAGAAGUUUUCUUCUGAAACAAAAAAUGAAUUGAUGCGGGAAAAAAUAGUAGAGGAAGCCUGUAAAGCUCUACUUCUGAUAGAAACUGUUGUUAAGCCCAUUGAAGUGAAGGGUGAUAGAAGCAAAUCAGUGUUGUUUGACGCAUGUAUUCUUGCAAAGGAACUCAAAAAAAUGGACGAAAGGAAGAGGUGGAAGGUAAUGAGUGAAGUAUGGGUGGAAUUGUUGUCUUAUGCUGCAAGUCGAUGCGGAGCAAAUACUCAUGUCCAGCAGUUGAGCAAAGGUGGAGAACUUGUUACUUUUGUUUGGUUACUAAUGACCCAGUUAGGCUUGGGAGAUCAGUUCCGGGUAGAGACUGGCCAUGCUAGACCAAAAAUGCUUGUGCACAAGUAA